ACAUGGCCAAGAAAUUAGGGUUUCGGAGGGCUUGGUUGUAAACAAAGAGUUGUGAACAUCGAACUGUGGCGAUGCCUAUUCCACCUUCUCUCAGAUCCAAGGUUUAGAUACUAGAUCGCGGUGGCUUGGGUUGGAAGAGGUUGCGUGGAGUAGGGCGGUUUACCGACUGGACUCAUUGUGCUGGACUCGCGUGCACAGCUCGUGCUUGGACUUGGCAAGUUUGGAUCGGGCUCCCUGAAAGAAUCGGAGUGUGUGAGCCUGGUGUGAACGACAUGUUCCACGCCUGUGACCCGCAGCAGGCAGUGAAGAGGAGCUAUGAGCUUCUGUUUCCUCCCCACGCGACUAUGGAAUUCCCGGGUGACGCAGUUGCUAUGUGGGAGGAGCAUGAUAAUGUUCAAUCGCUAUCAGAGCAAUGCCGAUACUCUUGCUUCCAGUUUGACUACGCCCGUAGUGUCUCACGAUCAGAUGCCAGGGAAUGCAGGCUUUCGCAAGGUCGAGACCCUAGCGAAUUCUCGAGAUGUGAGUGUUCUGUGUAAGACAGGGCGUUUGAAGGAGGCACUGGGGAUUAUGAAUACGAUGAUUCUACAAGGAACUCGUGUCUACUCAGACGUAUUUCGAGGUCUUCUGCAAGAGUGUGCCAGAUUGAGAUCAUUGGAACAAGGUAGAGAAGUCCAUGCUGCAAUUUUGAAGAGUGGGAUUCAACCUAAUAGAUACCUUGAAAACACGUUAUUGAGCAUGUAUGCUAAGUGUGGGAGUCUGACGGAUGCUAGACGGGUAUUCGAUAGCAUUCGAGAUCGCAAUAUCGUGUCCUGGACUGCGAUGAUUGAAGCAUUUGUUGCUGGAAAUAAAAAUCUAGAGGCCUUCAAGUGCUAUGAAACGAUGAAGCUGGCGGGAUGCAAGCCCGACAAGGUCACGUUUGUGAGCCUUCUCAACGCGUUUACAAACCCGGAGCUGUUACAACUAGGUCAGAAGGUGCACAUGGAAAUUGUUGAAGCUGGACUGGAGUUAGAACCUCGAGUUGGUACCUCUCUUGUUGGGAUGUAUGCCAAGUGUGGAGAUAUUUCCAAGGCACGAGUUAUUUUUGACAGAUUACCAGAAAAGAACGUGGUCACGUGGACUCUCUUAAUCGCUGGUUACGCACAGCAAGGUCAAGUCGACGUUGCUCUGGAGCUUUUGGAGACGAUGCAGCAAGCAGAAGUAGCUCCCAACAAAAUCACGUUUGCUAGCAUUCUUCAAGGUUGCACAACUCCAGCGGCUCUAGAGCAUGGCAAGAAGGUCCACAGAUAUAUCAUUCAAUCGGGAUAUGGUAGAGAACUUUGGGUGGUCAAUUCGCUGAUUACCAUGUAUUGCAAGUGUGGAGGACUGGAAGAAGCCCGUAAACUGUUUAGUGACUUGCCACAUCGGGAUGUGGUCACUUGGACAGCCAUGGUCACAGGCUACGCUCAACUAGGAUUCCAUGACGAGGCAAUUAAUCUCUUUCGGCGGAUGCAGCAGCAAGGCAUCAAACCGGAUAAGAUGACUUUUACAAGCGUUUUGACAAGUUGUUCAAGCCCUGCAUUUCUUCAAGAAGGGAAAAGGAUCCAUCAACAGCUGGUUCAUGCUGGAUACAAUCUGGAUGUCUAUCUACAAAGUGCCCUUGUUAGUAUGUAUGCAAAAUGUGGAAGCAUGGAUGACGCAAGUCUGGUGUUCAAUCAGAUGAGUGAGCGGAACGUUGUUGCCUGGACUGCUAUAAUAACAGGUUGUGCUCAGCACGGACGAUGCAGAGAGGCCCUUGAAUACUUUGAUCAGAUGAAAAAGCAAGGAAUAAAACCCGACAAGGUAACCUUCACAAGCGUCCUCUCAGCAUGCACCCACGUAGGUCUAGUGGAGGAAGGUCGCAAGCACUUCCGCUCCAUGUACCUAGACUAUGGCAUCAAACCCAUGGUUGAGCACUACAGCUGCUUCGUAGACCUUCUGGGCCGAGCAGGCCAUUUGGAGGAAGCAGAGAACGUUAUCCUCAGCAUGCCAUUCAUACCGGGUCCCUCAGUUUGGGGGGCAUUGCUCAGCGCUUGCAGGGUCCACAGUGACGUUGAACGUGGCGAGCGUGCUGCAGAGAAUGUCCUCAAGCUGGACCCUGAUGAUGAUGGAGCUUACGUCGCAUUGUCGAGUAUCUACGCUGCUGCUGGCCGAUAUGAAGACGCUGAGAAAGUGCGGCAAGUGAUGGAGAAAAGGGAUGUUGUCAAGGAGCCGGGGCAGAGCUGGAUUGAAGUAGACGGCAAGGUGCAUGUGUUUCAUGUGGAGGAUAAGUCCCACCCGGAAUCUGAGCAGAUUUACGUCGAGCUCGGGAAGCUAACUGAACAGAUCAAGGAGAUGGGUUAUGUACCGGACACCAGAUUUGUUCUGCACGACGUGGAUGAGGAACAGAAGGAGCGGAUACUUUUCUCUCACAGUGAGAGGCUGGCGAUCACUUACGGGCUGAUGAAGACACCACCCGGAAUGCCUAUCCGUAUUGUGAAGAAUCUGCGAGUGUGUGGGGAUUGUCAUACGGCGACGAAGUUUAUCUCGAAGGUGGUUGGUAGAGAGAUCAUUGCCAGGGAUGCGCAGCGGUUUCAUCAUUUUGCCGAUGGAGUAUGUUCUUGUGGGGAUUUUUGGUGAAUAGUAGGAUUGCCUUCUGCCUUGCUACAUUCUUUAGAAGGAUGUGCAAGGUUUUGUAGGAUGUUUUUUUUUUUUUGCGAACUAGCUAGUGUUUGCGGCGGUUGAUAUGUACAGUACAGAAAGAUUUUUAGAUUGAAAUGAACGACAAUUGAGUUUUGAGAGAUUUUGGCAUAAUAUGAAAAUUGGACCUGGCAUUAGAGCUGAAAAUUUGGAAUAAACAUUUGCGUGCAUUGGACAUUGAUAUUUCAACAAGAAUUUUGUUUACUGUU